AUUAUAGGAGUUCAUAACUACUAAAUUAUUUUUAGUUGUGAUAUCCGGGUGUUGAGUGGCACGUGAUAAGAUCGGGUCUCAAAAAUUUUCAACAUCGGAUUUCAUUAGAGAAAAGUUUAGCGGAGAGGUGGUUAUCAAACGGCUAGACAACAUGUCACAUAGAAAACUUCAAAAAGAGGUGGAUGCCAUCUUCAAAAAGAUUAAUGAAGGUGUAGAUCUUUUCAAUUAUUAUUAUACGCGACAUGAAGACUCUAAUAAUGAUUCACAACGAGAUAAAUUGGAGGGAGAUUUGAAGAAGGAAAUAAAGAAGCUUCAAAAAUUUCGAGAUCAGAUCAAAACGUGGCAACUGAAUGAUACUAUAGAAGCAUCUGUGGUCCCGGCAAGGCUACAAGAACACCGUCGAUUGGUGGAAGAAGCCAUGGAAAGGUAUAAAGACGUUGAAAAGAGCUCCAAGAUGAAAUCUUAUUCAAAUCAAUCGAUAAUGCUUGCAGCCCUUGAAUUGGAAAAUGAAUUAUCUCCCGAAGCUGUUGGAGCGGUACAAUUCGUAGAAAGAUGCAUCGAAGAAUUGCAAGAACAAUCUGAAGCAUUGGAGUCUGAAUAUGAAAAGUUAUCCCAGAAAAAAACUAGAAAGAAUGGAUCAUCAGAAGCAGAAGAACGUAAGCAAGAAAUUGAUUCAUUCUCGAGUCGAAAUUCCUUCCACAUUGAUAAAUUGGAGCAUGUUAUUUCUUUUUUGAAGAGAGAUAAGAUUGACCCCGACUUGAUAUGGAUGAUUCAAGAUGACAUCAAUUUCUAUAUUGAAUCAAAUCAAGAACCUGAUUUUGUAGAUGACGAAACUCUUUAUGAUGAAAUCUUCAAGGAAGCAUCAAAGAUACAUCACCGUGAAGCCCAAGAAAAGCAACGAGAGCAGAGCCACCAAUCACAAAGUGUGUUUACUGAAGGAGAUGAAUCAAAAGAUUCACUGGUUAAUGGUUCAUCCGGCCAUAAUCAACCUCCACCAGCUCCAGUACCGUUCCCACCUCAAGUUACAAAUUCUCAAUCCAAUAGUACGACUACUUCAUCUUCCCCAAACAAGCCAACAAUCAGUACUCCGGUGCUAAAGUCGGUUACCAUCCCUGUGAGUCCGGAUAAUUCAAGCCCUGCUAUAAUCAAGACCUUGAAACCCGCAACUACUCCAUCCAAACCAGUGGGUAAUUUAAAGUGGUCUGCUGCCGCUGCGGGUAACAGUGGAGUUGAUACAAAAUCCAAGGGACAGCUACAAUUUCAUUCUCAAUCACAAUCACAAUCACAAUCCCAGUCCCCUAAAUUACAGAAUUCAAACGCAUAUGAACAACCAUUAACACAACAAUUAGCACACACUCAGUCACAAAUGUUGCAAAAUCUGCAUUCAAAUAAUUCUCAACAUUCACAGAAAAAUCAAGGAAUAGGACAACAAGGCACUCAGCAGGAACAAGAACACAAAGAAUCUUAUGUACCAUCUCAAGCACAACGUACAGAUACAACUGAUAAUUCAGCUCCAUUACAAGGUAGAUACGAAACUAUAUUGGAUUCAAUGUUGAAGAAUUCUAAUCUUUGUCCGGUUGAAUAUGAACUCUUUAGUGAUAUGAAUCUUGUAAAAUUACCCCCUGGAAUUCAAGAUCUUAUUGUAUCAUUCACAGCAACAAGAAAGGCAUGUUCUAGUGGCUGCAAGAUAUUGGUAACAAACCAUCAAUAUAAUCCAUACACAACACCAAUCAUGAAACCAUUUCUUCAUCUGGCAUUAAGAUCUUCAUUCUAUCCUCACUUGCUGCUGCAAGAACCUGUAAAGAAGUCACAAGCAGUAAAACCACCAUUGAAUUUACUCAAGUUACAAUCAUAUUGGAAUAGUAUCAGAGCAUCGAAUAACUUCGACAAGUUUGUUCAGCAGAUACAAGCGUUAUCACUUCAUACCACAACGGAAUCUCUCAUUCUUGUCAAUGAAUUAACAAUGGUUUUAUUUUAUGGAUAUUAUUAUGGUUUCAUCCCAUUAGAAAAUGCUAUAGCCGAGCUUUGUCUCUUCCAGCUUGGAUGGAGACCAUAUAAUACAAAGUCCAAUCAACAAAGUAAAAACCUUGAUUCCGAAGUUGGUUUCAAAGUGACGUCACCAUUUGAAAAAGCGCUGGAAGAAUCAAGAAAUAUCUUCCACUGGUUCAAAUGUAUCAAGGUACACGCCAACACGCAGCUGCUUGGGUCUCUUGUGGAGUUUGGCGAUUACUAUGUGUUUGACUUGAUGGCUUGGGAUAUGUAUUCCAAAACAAAUUUCAAGUUUGAUCACAGUUUGAGUCAAAAUGAACCAUCAAAGAUUAUUUAG